UUGUAUUUGAACUUAAAUCAACGGAGAGAACACAUCAUUAAAAGAUAUUGGUGCGUUCCAUUACCUUCUAAAUCAAAUGGCCGGGCUGUCUAUCCACAAGUUUUGCGCAGCGUUUUUGCUGGUGAUCGGUGUUGUCUGCACCAACGCCGAUGGCACUGAAAAACCGGAAAUAGACAUGGAAAUACGGGCUUCAUUCAAUCAAUUGUUGGACUCCAUGUUAGAAGAUGCGAUGAAUUUAACCAAAUAUGCAUUAGCAUGGAGUGAGGAAGUUUGUCAGAAGCUACUAGACGAGGAUAUAUUGCAGAAUGAAACAAGCGUAGAACCAAAGGCUCGCGAAAUUUAUCUGUAUGUUUGUCUUAGUCGCGCCAUGGAUCGUUUCGAGACCACAGAAAGUCGUCGUGGCGAUCACCCAGAUGAAGUCCGAUUGUGCAAAUAUGGAUUUGAGGAAUUUCGAAAAGUUAUUGAUCAAAAAUAUGAACAUUGGUUCGAGGAGCUGGUCCAGCGUAUGGAUGACUAUGUAAAGGGCUUGACGCCAGAAAAGCAAGGCACAGAGUCGGCGCGAAAUCUGAAGGAGUGGUCGAGCAAAAUUAAGAAUGCCCCGACUUUGGCAGGGAAAGAAAUGACUUUUAAAAAAUGUAUGCGAUUUUUUCAUUUUGAAAAAGGUGUUUAAUGUAUCUGUUUUCAGUUAAGGUUAUUCAAAAAUUAAACAUUUUAAUGUGACAACAGAGCUACAGAACCUUAGAAAUAUAUUUUGUUUUCGGUUAGUGACUAACUAAAGUAUUCAUCAAUUAAAAUUUUAAAAUUUAAGUUCAAAUCAGUUUUUUUAGCUCUGGCAGUAGCAUAUUGAUAUUCUAUAAAAUAAAUUUAGAGUUGUUUGUGUGAAAUUUAAUAUAGUUUGUAACCCUAUCUGAUGUAAUAUAAUCUGCUGAAGUAUUAUCUUCUAAUAGUUCGAUACACACACUCAUCAUUACACAGAUUUUUAAAAUAAGCUGAUAAAGACCUUGCUCUCACUUACCUUAUUCCCAUUAGCGGUCUCUUGAGUAUCUCGAACAUUUACAAUAUUGCUGGACAUUUUUGAAAAUUUUUAUAUUUUAUAUCAUUGUAUCUCAAAAUAAUUACCAAGUGUGCUAAAGUGAAAGCUCGUAGACCUCUCCACAUAUUCUUUGUCUGUUAGCAAAGACGCGCACCACUUACAAGAACCGCGGCCUAACUCCUGCCUAAGUUAUUAACCCAAAUUAAUAUAGUAUAUGUAUAUUCAAUGGCAUACUGAAUUGCUAUUGACUUUUUUGGAAUAUUAGCAUUAAAAAGCAUUCGAAAUUGAACUUGGCAAAAAUCAAAAAAGACAGUUGUGAGUGUGGAUCGUUAGAAGCGAUUAGUACAGUCCAAGACGUAAAUGGCUGGAGUGUCUAUCAAGUACUUCGCUGCAUUGCUGUUGAUAAUCGGCCUAAGGCGAAUAGAAAUAAUUAUAAUUAUUAAAGAAAAAAAUCAAUUAAUUUUCCCAACACACUUCAGGUCGUCUGCCUCAACAGCGUUGGUACUGAAAGCUCCGAAACAGACUGUUACUCGCGAAACAAUUCUGAGAAAUUGUAUUAAUCGUGUCGAGGAUCGUUUUGAUCCCACAGCGAGUCGUGAUAAUGUAUAUGGUCCAGAUGAACCUUUGUUACUUAAGUAUGGAUUGGAGGAUAUUCAAAAGGUUGUGGAGCAAAAAUAUGAAACAUUUUUUGAAGAGAUUUUGCAGCAAAUCAAAGAAUAUCUGAAGGGUUUGACACCGGAGCAGCAAAGAAACACGACGGCGCGAAAUUUGAAAGGGUGGUCAAGUAAAAUUAAGGCGGCUUCAACUUUGGCACGGAAGGAGAUGACUUUUAGAAGUUUUAUGCGUUACUAUUUUAUGCAAGAAAGUGAUUAGAGUGCGAGGAGUUUAAUAAUAUUGCAAGCUUAUUUAGCUGCACAGAAAUUAAAAUCACCAAUAAUACACAAUUUAUGUAUAUAUAACUAAAUCAGCUCCUUGAAUUAUUUCCAGCGAUUAGAAAAUAUUGAAUGUUGCAAUUUAUUUAUAGCGAUUGCGUUAAAUAUUAAAAUUGAAUUACUAAAAAGGUGGCAACACUUUUUUUUAUUUUUUUCUAAAAAUA